UGAACAUAGUUACUUGCUCGAUUAAGUUUUUUAUUUUUAUUUUUUAUUUAUUUUAUUUUUUAAAGUACACUACUCACAGUUAAGGAUAUUUGGCUUUCGAGUGAAAUUUCAGGAUGAACCUAAAAUAAGCUAUCGCCUUUACAGGUGAAGUUAAUUUAAUCUUCUUUAAAGCUUUGAAUGUACAUGUCUUGAGUAAAACACCUGUUUUGAAUUUUUCUGUUCAGUUCCUUGUUAGAUAACAGCAAAUUAACACUGAAACACUAAACAAACAAAUUAGACAUGAAAUUAAGCCCACCUGUCAAGGUUUAUAGUGCAUUUUAGUUUCAUCCGGAUAUGUCCCCCAAAAGCCGACUAUCCUACUUUAGCCUAUAGUUUGGUGACUAAUGUAUGAGUAAGUCAACUACCAGACAAUUUAAAUGUAAUUCCUUAGGAUUGUCAACAACGACAAAUAUUUAGGUACACUUUACAGUUAAGAGUUUGUAGUUUUUUUUUGGUCGACGGCGGUCUCCGUACUUUUUCGCGAUGACGUCAUAACCGAAAAUGGCUGCGCCCCUUGUGUUGCAGGGAUCAAGUUUGCUCAAUGGAAUCUAGUAAAUCCAGGACGAGCUUCUUCCGCCUCCUCGCUGUCUUCUGCGGGGGCCAGUUUGUCUUCUGGACGUACCUGGCUCACUUCGCCUACACCGGCCUCAGAGACACGGGGACAGCUCGGGAGCAGGAGAAAAGGAAAGCUCCCACCAGCACUGCCUUGGCUGGCAUGUGGAGUUUCGAAAUGAACCUGGGGUCCAACACCUGGAGGUACGGCUUCACGCUGGGAUGUGUGACAAUAGGAGUGGGCAUACUGGGACUGGGAGUUCUGUUUUGUCGGCGCUCUGUCAGUCAGGUGGUUUUACACCAAGGUGGAAGGAUGGUGUCGGUUAUCACACAGUCACCUCUGGGAAAGGGCCAUGGCUGGAGAAUAACGACCCCGUUGUCCCAGGUUGCCUGUCAUGCCCACAGACAGGAGUCCCCCUCCUUCAUCCCCCUCAAAAUCAAGGGACACAAGUUCUACUUUCUGCUGGACAAAGAGGGGACUAUGAACAAUGCUAAGCUUUUUGAUCUAACUGUUGGGGCAUACCGUCCUCUUUAAAUUGAAAUUUGGUUAGAUUAAUCCCAAGUAAUGUAAAAAUGAAAAAUAAACAGAAUGUACUGCAUUUUCCUUA